GAUGUCAAGAGUCCCGAGGUAGAAGGCAGACGUCCGAGAUCUCUGCAGGAAUCAGGAUGUGGCGACUUCUGGUGACUGCCAUCUUCUGCCUCCUCGCCCGGCCCGCGUACCCCAAGUGCCCUUUGUCCAACCAAACCCACCCCCCGGAGAAUCUGGCCCGGUUCUUCCGGGACUCUGUGGAUACGCUGGCACUCGCCGACUGUGGAAUCCCUGAAAUCCCUGAUGAUGCCACUUUGGGGCCCCGGGUGGAAGAGCUGGACUUGUCCGGGAACGACCUCCGAUACUUGCCGGACGGUUUCCUGAGCCGCGCCGCCCAGGUGAGAAAGCUCCGCCUGUCGAACAUCAGCCUGCAGGAACUAGCUCCCCAGUUUUUCGCCAAUGCGUCCGGGCUGCAGGAGCUGUGGCUGGAGAAGAACCCCCUCCGCUGGGUGCCAACCGGGGCGUUCCACGGCUGCCUGGAGAAACUCGCUGUGGAUUGCCAGUGUCCUGUGUCCGAGAGCGUCCUGUUCUAUUGCCAAAACUGCUCCGCCGACACUGACUGCCAGUGCUUCACCUCAGAAGGCCGGGCCCGUAAUGUGAGCAACUUCCACGCCCAGCAGUGCCAAGGCAUGCCCGGUUCGCUCUAUGCCGCCAUCGUGGUGCCAAUUGUGGCUGUGGUCCUCCUCGCCGGACUAGCUUAUUUCCUGAUCCGGAGGAAGAAGGGGGCUCCCAUCAGCCACAGCAAGAGGGGCUCCUCUGCGUCCGAGGGGGUUCACGGGCAGCCGCGGUACAUCAGCCACACCAGUCCGCAGGGCGAAGGGGGCCAUGGCUGCCACGCCAGCUACGAAAACAUCAACCACGGGGCCGGAGCCAGGCAAGGCAAGCGGCGGGCCAGCAAGCCGUCGACAAGCAGGAUGAGCCCCGGAGCCCCCGAUCCGGACGUCCCCCACGACGACCAGCCCGUCUAUGCCAACACUCAGGAUCUGUAUUACAACUACAGUGGGGCCCCCCCCUCGGGAAACGCCGAGGAGGACAUUUAUAUUGUUCCUGAUCAGUGACCCACAUAAACCCCACACCGGCUGGCUCCCCACCCCAUUGCAUCUGAUGGUUUUAUGGCAACUGGUGUAUUCAAUGCUUCUCUGGUGGAACACA